CAAAAUGAAUGGAGACUUUAGCUAGAUUGUUAAAAAACAUGAGGUUAAAAUAGGUUAUUAAUUGAUUUAACUAAUUUUAUCAGGAAUAUCGACAUGGCUCAACCCUGAACUUGAACUUUUUGGGGGGUAAAAGUUGGGUGUCAUGUCGUUUCCUCUCCCCAAACCUGAGGCUCCUCAGCUUCCUCAGCAUCUGCUCAGGACCAUCGACUGUCAGCAAGGAGCUGUCAGGGCCGUCCGCUUCAAUGCUGAUGGUAACUACGUGCUGUCCUGCGGCAGUGACAAAUCUCUGAAGCUGUGGAGUGUGAGCCGAGGGACGCUGUUGAAGACGUACAGCGGACACGGAUACGAGGUUCUGGAUGCAGACGGUUCCUUUGACAACAGCCAGAUUUGCACCUGCAGCUCGGACAAGACGGUGAUCCUGUGGGACGUCGCCACAGGCCAGGUCACACGAAAGCUCAGAGGUCAUGCUGGGAAAGUGAACUGUGUCCAAUUCAAUGAGGAAGCAACUGUCAUUUUGUCUGGGUCCAUAGACGGGUCGGUGCGAUGCUGGGACACCAGGUCCCGUCGAUUUGAGCCCAUUCAGGUUCUGGAUGAGGCUUCAGACAGCGUCAGCAGCGUGAAGGUGAUGCAACACGAGCUGCUAACCGGGUCGGUGGACGGUAGAGUGAGGCGCUACGACCUGAGAAUGGGACAAUUACACGUGGACUUCAUCAGCAGUCCCAUCACCUGCGUGUGUUUCAGUCAGGACGGUCAGUGCACACUGAGCUCCAGUCUGGAUUCAACGGUCAGACUGCUGGACAAGAACACCGGAGAAAUGCUGGGAGAGUAUACAGGACACAAGAUGAAGGGCUAUAAGCUGGACUGCUGCCUGUCCAGUAAAGACACUCACAUCCUGAGCUGCUCAGAGGACGGACACGUCUACUGCUGGGACCUCGUGGAGGGGUCUUUGUCGUUGAAGCUGCCGGUGGGGAAAGCUGUGGUCCAGUCUCUUGCUUUCCACCCGACAGAGGUCUGCCUCCUUACAGCCAUGGAGGGGCGUGUCCAGGUGUGGGGGGCAGAGCCGGAGGAGACAGAGGAGGAGGAUGCCAUGGCUACGUAGAGAGGGUGAAAGUAGUAGACAUUCCAGUAACCCGGGUUAUAUACUGUCAUCCUAAAGAAACCCAAAUUAGGAUGGCUGAUACUACUGAUUUAAAAAAAAACAUAAUGUGGCAUCUUACUACCACAUUUAGUUCUUCUUCUCUGUCUGUAAACACUAGGUUACUGGUGUUAAAAUAAGUGCUGAAAGAAGGAAUAUAAGGCAAAGGCUGAUGUGCGCCACUCAAAUUAAAGAGAUCAUAAUUGGAGUAUAUGCAAAUUUAUAAAUGAUCAUUGUGGAAAAAGUGGUUUUAUUUCAGUCUGAGGUGAGCUACUUCUAGAUUGUGGCUUUCUAGGUAAAGUUAACUCCUCAGUCAGAUUCCCAGUUUGUAUUUAAAGCCGUUAAAUAUACAAAAACGUUACUGCUGUUGAGAUUUUGCUCCCAGAUGUUUCACAGAUUACCCAAUUUAGAUAUGACUUUAGCUCAUUACUGAGUCAUUUUGCUCCCACACUUUUGGAUUUAUUCAUUUUUGUAUGACAGACAAUUAUUUUUGUACAAAACCGAAUAAACGUCUUUUUUUGU